AAUUCUGAAAUUCGAUUUUGGCAAUCAAUAUUAUGCUUAUUAGUUUUCCGAACAUGGCAGGAAUACAAAGAUGGUUUUGGUUCUCUGACCAGUGAUCAUUGGUUGGGUUUGGACAAACUCUACUAUCUGACCAAUAGUAGGGAUUAUACUGGGGUAUUCUACAUGAGGCUUGUCAAUUCAAGCUAUUAUCAACAUUAUUAUAGGGAAUUCGAUCUGUAUAUAGCAUUUUCUAAUUGUUAA